AUGGUGGAAACUAAAGAGCAAAAGGUUGAACAAAUCAUUGAGUUGAAAACAACAUAUAUCCAAAUGUCAUAUAGCAAUAAUUUGAAAAGAUUUCCUAGAGCUGCCGCGGGAGCAAGCUCGGAUCAUAUGAAGUCUGCAAAUGUGAUAGCAUUAAAGGAAAUUGAUCCCGAUUUACAUCGAAACGUUCAUGGAUCACAAGUUCAACACCACAUAUCAGCCAAAGAGAAAUGGAUGCUAUCUGACUUUGGAGAGAAUGUAUCCAAUCAUGCAGAUGAAACAAGAGAUGAUAGAUCGAGUCUAUCUGUUUUGCAUCGAUCAUUCAAUCACAAUGUGAGAAGUCACAAUGAUGAGCGCCUAUUCCAAAUAGAAAACAGACCCAACAGUCUAAUGCUUAAUUGUGAACUGCUGCAACAAGGAAGUAAGAGCAUAAAAAGUGAAGAUGUUAGAGUUGCUGAUGAUGAGUUCAGUAAGGAUGAGGAUGAGAUCAAUGACGAUGAAGAUGUUUAUUACGAAGCGUCGCCCUUAGUACCACUUGAUGCUAUCAAUGCCAUCUAUUUCCAGGAUAUUGAUGCUGACUCAAGACUUGCUGUAGAAAGACCUAUACCUAAAUUCAAGAAUACUAGUGUGAGCCACAUGAAAGGUCCAUUACCUCAGAACUGUGACCCCUUAGACCUUUCUCCAUUAGAAAAAUAUCCCAAGAGAAAGGGGUACUUUCCCUUCUAUGAUAAUUUGGUUGAUCUCAAUGUACAAGGGGACGAUAGGUCUGUUAUUCUUAGUAUAUGGCAGUAUGAAUUUGAACAUCAAAAGCAAAAGGAGGUACAGACAUCCGAUACGCUUCCUUCUAUCAAGUAUCUCUUUGGUGAGAGUGAAGAAACGUAUUAUAAGAGAUAUCCUUGGAGCCAGUUUGUUUAUAAAAAACCUUCCUGUGAGCCUCAACCGGAUACCAAGAUAGAAUAUGAUGUUGAUGAUUUCAUUGAUUAUAUUUACCGGUGGUGA